GCUUUCCAACAAUGAUUCUAUUAGUUCUUCUGUAUAGCUGUCUUCUCUUCCUAUCUCUUCCGCCUCCAGCAAGCAGCUCGGCGUUGACUACUGCCAUUGCAGCAAAUGAGCGUUUAUGUUUCUAUGUUGAUGCAGACAAAGCAGGAGAAAAGAUUGGGGUUCAAGCUGGAGGAUCGUUCGACAUAGACUUCGACGUCAAGGAUCCAAAUGAGAAGCUCAUACUUGACGGUAAACGCGAAAGGCAAGGCGACUACGUUUUGACUGCCAACACCGUUGGAGAGUACUCGUUCUGCUUCGAGAAUGACAUGUCAACUCUCACGCAGAAGCUAGUUGACUUUGACAUCAUGGUGGAGAGCGAGCCUCGCAGGGAGGCACCUGCUAAGCCAGGACAAGUGGCGGAUCACACCAGUGCACUGGAGGAGAGCACGUUCCGAUUGAAUUCGCUGCUCUUGAACAUCAAGCGUACCCAAAAACAUUUCCAUACACGAGAGAACAGAGGGUUCUCCUUAGUUAAGUCGACACAAAAUCGCCUGUUCUGGUAUAUGGUUUUGGAGAGUUUAGGCAUUGUGGGCAUGGCCGUCUUUCAGGUAUAUAUCCUUCAGACCUUCUUUACGAAGACAGGUCGUCGGUACAAAGUAUAGCCUCGUGUACUGGCACCUGCAUUUAUAUAACAUCAUCAUUUUCCACCGUGAUUCCCCACUGGGCCUCAAAGCAGCAUCACGUUUGGUUGGCCCCACCUGCUUACUAUAACAAAUGACCCUGGGUCAGCUGUGCACUUAGUCGGAUCGCACUGAGCCUCCUGAUGUGAAGGAUGGAAGUAACUAUGCUACUAUCAACAGACGAACUGCAUCGAUCUUCUCCAUCAUGACCCAUCUCUCCAAUCCUCUGCAAGGUUGAAUGCAAGUGUGGCUGCUAUAUCUAUAGAUGAUGCAUGAUGUUUGGAUGAUGUAUUCAUGAAUUAUACAGCUGUCACGCUUCUGCACACCUCACAUUUUGGUUCGUCACGUGCUUGGAUAUGACGUCAUGCCCCAUUUGGAAUAUAUCUCAUUGAUC